UCUCUCUGACCUUUUUCUCUCUCUCGGGCACACAACACACACUACUCAGUAGAGAGAGAAACAAAAAGAAAUAAAAAAACAAAACAAAAGCAGUACAAAAUGUGAAAGUUGCAGCAGAUUAAAAAAAAAGGGGUUCAUCAGAAGUAGAAGAACUCAAACUGAACUGAGAAACACAAAAAGGGUCACAUGUACAGAGUAAAGGGGUUACAAAAUCCUAAAAAAAGUGAAAAAAUUUGGUCUUUUUUUUGUGGGUUAUUUCAAAAGAUCGGUUCUUGGAUUUUGAGCUUUGUGGGUCAUUUUCUUGGUUGUGUUAUGAAGCUAUUUUGGUAUGGUAAUGAGGGCUAGGGUUUUCUUGGAUUUUUGGGUAAAUGCUGGCUUCUUUGAGUUUGCUUUACUUGGAUCUACGAGAUUGUUUAAUGAGCUGGCUGUUUGAUUUGUAAAAGAACAUUUAUAUAUACAGAUAAAUCUGUAUGUGUAUUAUUUGAUGAUGAAGGUGAUGAAGAAAGAUGCUUUGGUGUCAAUGGUGGUGUGGCUAAUCUUGGUUGUACAUCCUCUUAAGCUCAUUUUUGCUAACAUGGAAGGUGAUGCAUUGCACAGUCUACGGACCAACUUACAAGAUCCUAACAAUGUGUUACAGAGCUGGGAUCCUACCCUUGUUAAUCCUUGCACAUGGUUUCAUGUUACUUGCAACAAUGAUAACAGUGUUAUAAGAGUUGAUUUAGGAAAUGCUGCUUUAUCUGGUCAAUUAGUUCCACAGCUUGGCCUUUUGAAGAAUUUGCAAUACUUGGAGCUUUACAGUAAUAACAUAAGUGGUUCAAUACCGAGUGAUCUUGGAAAUUUGACUAAUCUGGUCAGCUUGGAUCUCUACUUGAACAGCUUCAGCGGCCCCAUCCCAGAUUCUUUGGGCAAGCUGACGAAAUUGAGAUUCCUUCGGCUCAACAACAACAGUUUGACUGGUUCCAUCCCGAUGUCACUGACUAAUAUCUCAUCACUUCAAGUGUUGGACCUGUCAAACAAUCGUCUUUCGGGUGCUGUUCCAGAUAAUGGUUCCUUCUCUCUAUUCACGCCUAUCAGUUUUGCAAAUAAUUUAGAUCUUUGUGGGCCUGUAACUGGACGCCCUUGCCCGGGAUCUCCUCCAUUCUCUCCUCCCCCUCCAUUUGUUCCACCACCACCAAUUUCUGCUCCAGGAGGAAAUGGUGCAACUGGAGCAAUUGCCGGAGGUGUAGCUGCUGGUGCUGCUCUACUAUUUGCUGUUCCUGCCAUUGCAUUUGCCUGGUGGCGCCGUAGAAAACCACAAGAAUAUUUCUUUGAUGUACCAGCUGAAGAGGAUCCCGAAGUUCACUUAGGUCAACUGAAAAGGUUCUCCCUCCGAGAGCUACAAGUUGCAACUGAUAGUUUUAGCAAUAAAAAUAUUCUGGGUCGAGGUGGAUUUGGUAAGGUAUACAAAGGACGCUUGGCAGAUGGAACAUUGGUGGCUGUUAAACGGCUAAAGGAGGAGCGUACCCCUGGAGGGGAGUUGCAAUUUCAAACAGAAGUUGAGAUGAUUAGUAUGGCAGUGCACAGAAAUCUUCUACGACUGCGUGGCUUCUGUAUGACACCAACUGAAAGGCUGCUUGUCUACCCCUAUAUGGCCAAUGGAAGUGUUGCAUCAUGCCUGAGAGAACGGCCACCAUCUGAACCACCACUUGAUUGGCCAACACGAAAACGCAUUGCUCUGGGAUCUGCGAGGGGAUUAUCAUAUUUGCAUGAUCAUUGUGACCCUAAGAUUAUCCAUCGUGAUGUGAAGGCUGCGAAUAUAUUGCUAGAUGAAGAAUUUGAGGCUGUUGUUGGAGACUUUGGUUUGGCUAAACUUAUGGAUUACAAGGAUACACACGUUACUACGGCUGUGCGCGGAACAAUUGGGCAUAUAGCUCCAGAAUACCUUUCCACUGGGAAGUCGUCCGAAAAGACUGAUGUUUUUGGGUAUGGGAUCAUGCUUCUGGAGCUAAUCACUGGCCAGAGGGCUUUCGAUCUUGCUCGGCUUGCGAAUGAUGAUGAUGUCAUGUUGCUCGACUGGGUCAAAGGACUCCUUAAAGAGAAGAAACUGGAAAUGCUGGUUGACCCUGAUCUUCAGAACAAAUAUGUGGAGGCUGAGGUGGAGCAGCUGAUCCAGGUAGCAUUGCUUUGUACGCAAAGCAGCCCAAUGGAUCGGCCCAAGAUGUCGGAAGUGGUGAGAAUGCUUGAAGGUGAUGGCUUGGCUGAAAGAUGGGAUGAGUGGCAGAAGGUAGAAGUUCUCCGCCAGGAGGUGGAACUCGCACCACAUCCUGGUUCCGAUUGGAUUGUUGACUCAACGGAGAAUUUACACGCAGUUGAAUUAUCGGGUCCAAGUUGACCCUUGUACCCAAGUAAAAAGGCAAGCAAAUUGUUAGGAACUCUAAUUUUGUUGAUCUUGAAAGUUUUUCUUGUGAAAUUUAAUCAAAAUCUCCUGUUGUAAGCCGAUGAAUUGUAUUUGUUACAUUGUGCAUACGAAUUUGUACUGACAGGAAUUCUAAAUCUAUGCCCUGACAAAUUGAACAUAGGCGUAGUGGCUAUAUGCGGUAAAA